AUGCCAGCUCUGUCUGUCUCCCUGACUGUCUGCGAUGUGUCUCUCUCUUAUCGCCAUGUAGGAAACACAAACAGUGUUUUUGCCCUGGACUACAUCAGCGGCUCCCUGACAGUGAACGGCCAGCUGGACAGAGAAAACCCUCUCUACUCAGCAGGAUUCACUCUCACUGUCAAGGCCACAGAGUUGAAGGAUGAUCGCAGCCCAUCAGACGCAACAGUGAUGACCACCUUCACCAUCCUAUUAAUUGACAAGAAUGACAAUGCCCCAAAGUUCAACAGCUCCGAGUACCGGCUUCGCAUCACUGAACUUGCCCAAGUGGGCUUUGCCCUGCCUCUUUUCAUCCAGGCAGAAGAUAAAGAUGAGGGGGUGAACAGUAUGUUCCAGGUGUUUUUGACUGGAAACAAUUCGGAAUACUUUACCAUCUCCCCCACAGCGGUUCAAGGGCGUGCUGACAUCCGCGUGAGGGUUGCCUUGCCACUAGAUUAUGAACAGAUUCGGAGCUACAGCUUUUCGCUGUAUGCCAAUGAGUCCAUGUCAGAUCAUGUGGGGUUUGCUCGUGUUUUCAUUGAACUGAUCAAUGAAAAUGACAACCGGCCCAUCUUCAGCAGACCUCUGUAUAACAUCAGCCUUCCUGAAAACACCGCUCCUGGUACAUCACUGGUGCAGAUCCUGGCCACAGAUGGAGAUGCAGGCCCGUUUGGGAUUGUCCGUUACUACUUUAGCGACGAGCCAGACCAGUUUUCACUGGAUGAUGAAACAGGCUGGGUUAUUCUACAGGCCAGCCUCGACUAUGAGUUAAUGCGUCGCUUCACUCUUACCGUGCUGGCAAGAGAUGGUGGGGGGGAAGAAACGACGGGAAGGAUCCGAGUAAAUGUGCUGGACGUCAACGACAACGCACCGCUCUUUCAGAAAGAUAUGUACGUGGGCUCCCUUCGAGAGAAUGAGCAGGCGGUGCAGUCGGUGACACGCAUCAGGGCUACCGAUGAGGAUUCUCCUCCCAACAACUUCCUGACAUAUACCAUCAUUUCAGCGUCAGUCUUCCCUGAUUACUUCCGUAUCAUCAUGGUGGAGGGCUAUGCAGUUAUAAGUGUUAACAGGCCUCUGGACUAUGAGAUGGUUCCCAAGGGGAUGAUCUAUUUGACAGUGAUGGCCAAAGAUGGGGGAAACCCAGCGCUUAACAGCACCGUCCCCGUCACAGUGGAAGUUAUAGAUGAAAAUGAUAAUCCGCCUGAGUUCAGCAAACCUUCUUACAUCGUUAAAAUCCCAGAGAACCUUAAUGCAGGGGCAACUGUACUGGUUGUAAAUGCAACGGACUUGGACGCCUCGCGGGAGUUUGGCCAGGCUUCCCUCAUCUACUCCCUGGAAGGCUCCUCUCAGUUUCGCCUGAAUUCACGCUCAGGCGAACUCACAACCACAGCCCUGCUGGACAGAGAGCAGAAGUCGGAGUACAUCCUGAUAGUGAGAGCUGUGGAUGGAGGAGUUGGCCCUCAGCAGAAGACUGGCAUUGCCACCGUGAACAUCACCAUCCUUGACAUCAAUGACAACGCCCCGCUGUGGCGAGACGAGCCUUACGAAGCCAACGUCGUGGAGAUGAGUCCCUUAAACACUGAUGUUAUCUCUGUGUUGGCAGUGGAUCCAGAUAACGGGGAAAACGGGACGGUGACGUAUGCGAUCAGUCCUGCAAACCCUUUCUACACCAUCGACAGCAGGACAGGGAAGAUCCGCACCAGCGGGAUGACUCUGGACAGGGAAAGCUCAAACUCCAGAGACACGGUCCUCAUGAGGAGCAUUGUAGUGUCUGCUGUGGACCGAGGCACACCUCCACUGCGUGCAACAGCCAGCACCACAGUGUUUGUCAACCUGCUGGAUCUUAACGAUAACGACCCAACCUUCCUGAACCUGCCGUUUGUAGCAGAAGUUCCAGAGGGACUUCCCAUCGGAACCUCAUUCUUCAGGGUUCAGGUAGUGGACCCGGAUAAGGACGAGAACGGUCGCAUUACGAUGGCCCUCCAGAUGGGCAUGCCGCGCCUUGACUUCCACCUCAACACCUCCACCGGCGUUCUCACCUCCACGGCUGUGCUGGAUCGGGAACAGAUUGGCCAGUACCACUUGAGGAUUGUUGCACAUGACGCCGGGGAGUUUCCUCGCACCUCCACUUCAACUCUCACCGUCUCAGUUCUGGAUGUAAAUGAUGAGACGCCCACCUUCAACCCCAGAGUUUACAAUGUUUCCCUGAUGGAGAGUGUCCCCAGAGACCACAUCGUUGCGCGCCUCGUCUGCUUUGACAACGAUGCUGGUCUCAACGCAGAGCUUAGCUACUUCAUCACAGGUGGGAAUCAAGAUGGAAAAUUCAGCGUUGGCUUCCGAGACGGCAUCGUUAGGACUGUGGUGGGCUUGGACAGAGAGACUCAGGCGGUCUACACUCUGGUCAUUGAGGCAAUAGACAACGGUCCAGCAGGGAGCCGAAGGACAGGCACCGCCACUGUGUUUGUUGAGGUGCAGGACGUCAAUGACAACAGGCCCAUCUUCCUCCAAAACAGCUACGAGACCAGCAUUCUGGAAACCGUUCCCAGGGGAACGAGCAUCCUUCAGGUUCAAGCCACCGAUGCAGACCAGGGAGAAAAUGGACGGGUUCUAUACCGGAUCCUCACUGGGAACACCAACAACCUGUUCAGCAUCGACAGGCAGACCGGGCUGCUGACCAGAGGGAACAGGUCUUUGGAUCGAGAGACCAGCAGCUCCCACGUGUUGGAGGUGGAAGCCUACAACAGUGAUGAAGGCAGCCUGCGGAGCUCAGUGAGGGUGAUCAUUUAUGUCGAAGAUGCCAACGAUGAGGUGCCGGUUUUCACCCAGCAACAGUACAACCGCUUAGGCCUGAGGGAGACUGCAGGAAUUGGCACCUCUGUGAUUGUAGUGCGAGCCACGGACCCCGAUACUGGUGAUGGUGGAUCUGUUGCCUACUCCAUUGUUUCCGGCUCAGACCGCAAAUUCCAAGUGGACGUCAGCACCGGUCUAGUCACCACUGUGGACUACUUAGACUUCGAGACCAAGACCUCCUACCUGAUGAACGUGUCGGCCACUGACCAGGCGUCGCCAUUCCACCGGGGCUUCUGCACCGUCUACGUCACCCUACUGAACGAGCUGGAUGAAGCCGUGGCCUUCUUCUCUGCGGGCUACGAGGCGUCUCUCAGGGAGAACAUCGCCACGGGGACGGAAGUGGUUCAGGUUCAGGCGCAGUCAGCCGACAACUUGAACCAGCUGACUUAUCGAUUCGAUCCCGAUACAUCGCCAGCAGCGUUGGCCCUCUUCAAGAUAGACAGCGUCACGGGCCGUAUCACAGUAACAGGCCUACUGGACAGAGAGAGGGGAGAUUCUUACACGCUGACUGUUGUAGCUGACGACGGAGGACCGAAGAAGGACUCCACUGUGAAGGUUUCCAUUACCAUUCUGGAUGAAAAUGACAACAGGCCGGUGUUUGAUAUUACAUCAGAUACGUCUGUGAGCAUCCCAGAAAACACGGCCUUCGGGAAAAAAGUGGCGGUGGUGCUGGCGAGGGACACCGAUGCCGGAUUAAAUGGACUGGUCAAUUUCACCCUGGUUGCCGGAAACAUGGAGGAUGUGUUCAUGAUCAAAACAGUGAACUACAGCUACGGAGAGGUCUACGUAAACGCUCCUCUGGACAGGGAGUCAGUGGAUCGCUACUUAUUGAAGAUCCGUGCCACUGACAACGGCUCACCUUCCAGACAUUCAGACCACUCACUCACCAUCAACAUCCUGGAUGUAAACGAUAAUCCACCCAUUAUCGAGAGUCAGAGAGGCUACAACGUCAGCGUCAACGAGAACGUUGGAGGAGGUACCUCAGUCCUGAAGGUCAUUGCUACCGAUAGGGACAUUGGUCCCAAUGCCAUGCUGUUUUAUUACAUCACUGCUGGAAACCAGGACUUGACUUUCCGCAUGGACCGCAUGACUGGAGAGAUGGUGACCCGGCCAGCCCCUCCUGACAGAGAGCGACAGCAGGAAUACCACCUCAUCGUCACCGUGGAGGAUGACGGCACCCCCCCUCUGUCGACCUCGACCACCAUCUACGUGCGAAUUGUUGACGAGAACGACAACGCCCCAGAGUUUCCUGAGGAGGAGUACGUCACAGUGCUGAGCGAAGGACCUGACACCGUGGGGGCCACCAUCGCCACGGUAACAGCCAUUGACCCUGACGAAGGUCUUAACGGGACCCUGAGGUAUGCAAUCGCCCAGGGCAACGUGAUCCAGACGUUCAACAUCAACAGCGUCACGGGCAGAAUAACUGCUGUGAAGGAGCUGGACUAUGAAAUCAGCAGUGGGCAUUAUGCAUUGGUUGUCACAGCUACUGACCAGUGUCCAAAUCCUGCUCUGCGCCUGACAUCCAGCACAACGGUGUCGGUAAAAGUCUUUGACAUAAACGACGUGACGCCAACCUUCCCCAGAAGUUACGAGGGUCCCUUUGAGGUGACGGAGGGCCAGCCGGGUCCACGGGUGUGGACCCUCAGAGCAAGGGAUGAAGACUCUGGUCUUAAUGGCAAAGUGGAGUACAGCAUCAGUUGUGGAGAUAACCAGAAUGAGUUCAUGAUUUCCCCUGUGGAGGGUGAGCUUCGGGUGAGGAGGGACGUGGAGCUGGACAGAGAGACCACAGCUUUCUACAACAUCACUGUAACCGCACGGGACCUGGGAAUGCCGCCGCGCAACAGCUCGGUAGUGGUGGGCGUCUACGUUCUCGACAUCAACGAUAACGACCCAGUCAUACUUAAUUUGCCUCACAACACCAGUGUGAGCGAAGGUGCUUCAAUCCACACCUCCGUGGCCAGAGUACGAGCCCAGGAUGCCGACAGGGGACUCAACGCUCUCCUCACCUACAACAUCACAGCUGGAAACCUGGGCGGAGCCUUCUACAUCAACGACACGACCGGAGUGGUUCAGGUGAACAGGCCACUGGACAGAGAGCGGGUGGCGGAGUACAUACUAACCAUCACUGUUCGGGACAACCCAGAGAACCCGCGCAUCGCUCGCAGGGACUCUGACUUCUUGGUCAUCACCGUUCUGGAUGAGAAUGAUAACAGGCCAGUUUUCACCAGGACCAGCUACAGAGCUGAAAUCCCAGAGAACUCUGCAGCAGGCAGCACGGUAACUGUUUUGAACGGGCCUGUUCUGGCCGAGGAUAAAGACAUCGGGCCAAAUGCUGUGGUGAAAUACCGACUGUUUGGACCCAGGGUUGACCUCUUCACUGUUGACCCCACCACUGGGGUCCUACUUGUGUGUCAAGGAGCAAAGUUGGAUCGCGAAGCCUUUCAGGACCCACGAGUCGAGCUGAUUCUGGUUGGGGAAGACAUCGGGGGUUUAAACAGCAGCGUACCUCUGACCGUGACAAUCCUGGAUCAGAACGACAAUCCUCCUGUCUUCAGUCCCUCCAGUUUUAGUGUGCGGCUGCCUGAAAACAGCCCCACCGGCGUUGUGGUGACUCAGCUCUCUGCCACCGAUGCAGACUCUGGCUCCAACGGUUGGCUGAUGUACCGUCUGGAAAGCGGCGCUCAGGACCGCUUCGUGGUUGACCAGGUCUCUGGCGCCGUCCUGGUGGGCAACACGACGCUCGACAGAGAGGAGCGUGGGUCCUACCGCCUCGUUGUCAUGGCAACUGACCGCGGCACGCCCCCUUUGUCCGGCACGGCCACCCUGACCGUUAUCCUCGACGACGUCAAUGACUCAAGACCGCGGUUUAUAGAGCCUGUCACCAUGAUUAACGUCAACGAGUCAACCCCGCCGGGUGUGGUGGUAGCUACGCUCACUGCCGAAGACCCCGAUCUCCAUCCAAGGCUUGAGUACUACAUCAUCUCAGUGGAGGCAAAGGAUGAUGGGAACAAUCCAGUGGUUGGCUUGCAGGACUCCUUCGGUAUUGAUCUACACACAGGUGCCGUAUUUGUACGCAACCCAUUGAACAGGGAGCUGGUGGCUACGUUUGAGAUCAUCGUGUCUGUCCAUGACAACGCCAGUGAGGUUAUAGACAGGUCUGGCAGUGUUCCCAAUGCGAGACUAACCAUUAACGUCCUGGACGUUAACGACAACGCUCCUCGUUUCCGGCCCUUCGGAGUCACCAACUUCACCGAGAGGAUUUUAGAAGGAGCUCAGCCGGGCACAACGUUGCUGUCAGUGUCGGCUGUAGACCCUGACAAGGGUCCCAAUGGUCAGGUCAUUUAUCAGCUCCUUCACGUGCCGAGAGGCGGAUAUGUGAGGCUGGAAGAUUUUUCUACUGGUAAAAUCGUGGCCAAUCAGACGGUGGAUUUUGAGCAAGUGCAGUGGCUGAAUUUCACCAUACGGGCUCAGGAUCACGGGACGCCUCCAAGGAGCGCCGAGCUUCCAGUUUAUUUGAGGAUAGUGGACGUCAACGACAACAACCCAGUUUUUCUACAACCCUCCUAUCAGGAGCCCAUCUUUGAGAACGUGGACUUAGGCACCACCAUAGUCCGUGUUAGAGCCACGGAUGCUGAUUCCGAACUGUUCGCCGUCAUAGAGUACAGCCUUGUAGACGGAGAGGGCAAGUUUGGCAUCAAAUCGUCCACUGGAGAAAUCUACAUCCUGUCCCCUCUGGACAGGGAGACCAAGGACCACUACACUUUAACUGCUGUUGCACGAGACAACCCUGGAGGGAGCCCCAACAACAGGAGAGAGAACUCGGUUCAGGUUCUGGUGACGGUUCUGGAUGUCAACGACUUCCGCCCCCGCUUCACGAAGCGAGUGUACAACACCAGCGUGUUUGAGAAUGAGCCCAGCGGCACAUCAGUGAUCACGAUCACAGCGGUGGAUCUGGACGAAGGACAGAACGCUGCGUUGAUCUAUAGCCUACUUGGAGCACAUUUAGACGCCUUCUCCCUGGAUCCAAUCACCGGAUUGGUGCGUUCCCGCCGCCUGCUUCAAUCUUCAGAACGUUUCAACUUUACCGUUGUAGCUACAGACCAGGGACGCCCCCCUUUAUGGGGCACCGCAGACCUGAUCAUCACUGUCAUAGACGUCAAUGACAACAGACCAGUGUUUCGCAGACCAGCUAAUGGAACCAUCAUUCAUAUCUCUGAGGAGCAACCUCCAGGCCUGCCCGUAUAUGAGGUCCAUGCAACCGACUCCGACGAGGGCGUGAACGGAGAGGUCCGCUACGCCUUCCUGCAGACAGGAGCUGGGAACAGAGACUGGGAGAGUUUUCACAUUGACCCCACGUCCGGAGUCAUCACCACCACAGUUAAACUGGACCGAGAGAAACAAGCCCUGCUUAGCCUUAUCAUCGUGGCCCGGGACAUGGGUCAACCAGUGCCUUAUGAGACCACGCAGCCACUGCAGGUGGCGCUGUUGGAUAUUGACGACAACGAGCCGGUCUUCCUGAAGCCACCGCGGGGCAGCCUGCCCUACCAGAAGCUGACCGUUCCAGAGCACUCCCCCCCUGGUACUGUGGUGGGCAACAUAACCAGAGCUGUGGAUGCAGACGAGGGCUCCAAUGCCAUUGUCUAUUACUUCAUUGCCGGAGGAAACAGCGACGGAAACUUUGGCCUGAGUCUCGAUGGAGUGCUGAAGGUUUUCAAGGAUCUGGAUAGGGAGGAGAUCCCAGCCUACCUCAUCAUCAUCAAGGCCUCCAGCAACAGGAGCUGGACUCCACCCAAGGGUCAAAGGUCAUUACGAGCCAAAGCACUGGACCCCAAUCUUGACCCGAGCCUUCUGGAAGUCCGAAUAGAAUUGGAUGACAUUAACGACCAGACGCCACGUUUUUCUAAGACAGAAUACACCGCCGGUGUUGCUGCGAAUGCUAAAGUCGGCUCAGACCUCAUCAAAGUGGUGGCUGUAGACAACGACAUUGGAAACAACAGUGUGGUCCAGUACCACAUUGUUACUAUCCGCUACUUCCAGACCCAGAGCAACGGCAGUGAAGACGUGGGCAACAUCUUCACCAUUGGUUUGACGGAUGGAAUGAUUCGGAGUUAUGACCUCUUUACGGCUUACGACCCAGGCUACUUUCAGCUAGAGAUUUUAGCUUGUGACCUGGCAGGUCACAGCGCCACCACUAACGUAAAUAUCUACAUCCUCCGAGAUGACCAGAGGGUCAAGAUAGUCUUCAACGAGAUCCCUGACUGGGUUCGGGAAAACCAGGACGAUUUCAUCAGCCUGCUGUCCAACAUCACAGGAGCCAUCGUAAACCUGGAUGACAUACAGUUUCAUGUGGACAAGAAAGGCAGAGUGAGCUACGCUCAGACUGACAUGCUCAUCCAUGUUGUCAACAACCAGACCAACACCAUCCUCGAUGUGGAAAGAGUCAUCCAAAUGAUCGAUGAGAACAAGGAGCAACUGAGGAGCUUGUUUCGGACGUACAACGUGGUGGACGUCCAGCCUGCUGUUGGUGACAAACUGCCCGACGACAUCUCCACUCUGCAGCUGGUGAUCAUUAUCCUGGCCGUGCUGCUGUGCUUGGCAGGAAUUUUGUUUGUAACAAUGAACUGGCAUUAUCGCAGAGUACACCAGAGGAAGCUUAAAGCUAUUGUUGCAGGAUCAACAGGAAACCAAGGUCUAAUGGAUAUCCUGGACAUGCCAAACACUAACAAGUACUCGUUCGAUGGAGCCAACCCAGUGUGGAUGGACCCAUUCUGUCGCAACCUGGAGCUAGCUGCACAGGCUGAUCACGAGGACGACCUGCCUGAGAACCUGAGUGAGAUCACUGACCUGUGGAACAGCCCGGCACGCACUCAUGGCACCUUUGGUCGCGAGCCUCAAGCGAGGCCAGACGACGAUCGCUACCUGAGAGCGGCCAUACAGGAGUACGACAACAUUGCUAAACUGGGUCAGAUUAUGAGGGAAGGUCCCAUCAAGGGAUCUCUGCUGAAUGUGGUUCUGGAUGACUACCUGAGGCUGAAAAAGCUCUUUGCAGCGCGGCUGGUCACCGCAUCCACCGGCCAAGGAGGAGAUGAGUCAUCGGUUACGGAGCUUAUCCAGAGCGAUCUGGAGGACGACGAGGACGAGCACCUGGGUUUGGGAGGCGGACACGGCAAUCUGCGCUUCAAGCACAAGCUCCCCGUGGAGCUGAAGGGACCUGAUGGAGUGCACGUGGUCCACGGCAGCACAGGCACCCUCCUGACCUCAGACCUCAACAGCCUGCCGGAGGACGACCAGCGGGCUCUGGCCCGAUCCCUGGAGGCGCUGAACGCCGACAACGGUUUGUACUCGGAGAGAAACGCCCGCACGGAGUCCGCUAAAUCCACCCCGAUGCACCGUCACAAGGAUGGGGACACCCUGUCGGAGAGUCCCCUGGAGAUCACAGAGUUAUGACUAGCCGAGGCCUCGCUGGUUUGAGGGCAACCAUGGCAGGUGUGUGUCCUUCUGCCUCUGCACAAUCAUCCAAGGGGGCAGGAGGAGUGUUUGUAGUCUAGGAAGAACAUCGUCAGCAAAACAUCCUGGAAGAUGAGCUGGUUUGAAUGGGUCUGAUGUCAACAAAGUCCCACUGGAGCUUUAAUCCACCUGCAGGAGGAAAAAGGUCUACCUGAGAUUCCUGACUGAAUAAGAUAAGAUGGACCAGACCUCUUUGCUUGGAACAUUUUGCUCCAAUUAUGACCUUAAAAUGAUCUAAAAGGUGCCUCAUUCUCACCAAUCCUUUUUUUAAACCUUCGUCUGGACCGAAGACACUCUCACACACACACUCGGACCAGCAGAUGGCCUCUAAAGGGAACCAGAGAGAGAGUAAAUAAUCAGGCAGAUUUUAGGGUCUCGUUUUGGCAACACGAUGCAGUCGGUGUACCAUGGGUGUGGACGGAAACAGCAACGCUUCCAGCUUAAUGGCUUGGAAAGGAUUCAGGAACAUUUCAUUCUAAUGUUGAACUUUUAUUUUCUUUUUUUUAGAAGGAUCACAGACUGCAAAGGGUAAAAAGCUCCUGAUGAGAAGCAAAUAGAAGAACUUUCUCUGGAAGGGGAUUAUAGCCAGAACAGAAAUAAAAAGAUCCUCCCUACAGUGGCUGAGUGAGAAAACAAACAG